AUGUCGAACUUGGCCAAAUUUUUUAAGGAUGACCUUCCUACUAUUGAAGAGGAUAAGGUGGAUGACGCUACCGCCUUCACUACUGUUGAAGCUUGGAAGCAUUAUGAUUUCCUAUGCCAAAGUUGCAUCCCGAAUGGAUUGUCAGAUGCAUUGUACAAAGAACUUCAACUAAUCAUUCAUGGAAUUCUUGCUGAAGGGAUGGUCAUAAGUGAAUCCUUUCAGAUUGCUACCAUUAUUGAGAAGCUACCCCCUUCUUGGAAUGACUUCAAGAACUACCUAAAACACAAAAGAAUGGAAAUGUCAAGGGAAGACCUGAUUGUUGCAAAAAAAGUUAGAGCUAACGAGGCUAAUGCUGUGGAAGAAAUUUCCAAGGAAAUGUCUAAUAUGGACUUAUGCGUUGUAAUUUUUGAAGUCAACACGGUUGACUCAAAUCCAAUAGAAUGGUGGUUUGAUACUGCUGCCACAUGUCAUAAAUGCUACGAAAAAUACUCAUUUUUUGAGUUGGUGCCUUGUGACAAAAGGGAGAAGCUCUAUAUGAACAAUGUUGCGGCUUCUAAGAUCAAUGGGAAGGGUACUGUGGUCUUGAAGAUGACUUCUAGAAAAGAAAUCAAGCUUCAAAAUGUGUUUUAUGUGCCUAACAUACGCAAGAACCUUGUUUCUGGUGCACUCCUAUGUGUACACGGCUUUAGGAUGGUGUUUGAAUCCCAAAAGCUAAUUUUGUCUAAAGGGGGAAUGUUUGUCGGAAGGGGAUAUGUAUUAAAUGAUAUGAGGAAACUUAAUGCAAUCUACAUAAAAGCAAAGACAAUGAAUAAGAAUGUCGUUUCUUCUUCUGCUUAUAUGUUUCAGUCAUUUAAUUAUUGCAUGAUUAAGAUGGUGAGAAGUGAUCGUGGUGGUGAAUAUGUUGAACCAUGUGGUGAAUAUGUUGAAUCAUGUGGUGAAUAUGUUGAACCAUUUGGUGAAUACUGUGCACAACAUAGUAUUAUUCAUGAAGUGACACCACCAUACUCUUCUUAA